AAUACAAUAUAUAUUCGCACGUAAAUACAAGUAUAUGUAUAUAUGUAUACAUGAAAUAUAUACACAUAUAUAUAUGUAUAUAAUGUGAUGUGCGUGUGGCCCUGCGUGUGCGUGCGCGCGCGCGUGUCUCUGCUGUCCUAUGUAAUGGCAUGUAAUAUUGGAACUACCUGCAGCAUUAGCGGCGGCGGCGGCACCAGCUGCCGCAGAACGUUGACGACACUGAAACCGCGGUGAUCUAUUCGGCCACCACGGACACACAAUCUUCUCUCGGUUGGACACGCAGAGUGAAAUACAGUGAGAGAGAGAAAAGGCAAGAGCGUAAGAUAAAGCGUAAGAUAGAGGUAGAAAGGGGAGAGGAAGAGAAAGAGAGAGCGACCUGCCUGGGGGACACGCAACGUUAUCUUGAGAAACGAAUGCGCCCCGUGAAUCGACGGACGAAGUACGUACACCCGGAGUGUCUUCUGAGAGCGCGGCACCGAACGGAGCUGCCGCCAGAACCCGAUCGAGAUACGGGGAUCAAGAUCAUCGUGAAUCUCAAGGGAGAAAAGCGGUGUUGCUGAAGACAGUGGACAAUCCUGUGUUAGUAUCGAGCGUGAAGGAUAUCCGUGCUCGUCGGUUCAAAAGCUAAGAGAAACGACGGACAAAAAAAACAAAUAUCGAGAGGAAGAAGAGAAGAAUAUAUAGGGGAGAGGGACGAGCGAAAGGGGGAGAGGAGUGGAUGAGUGAUUGAGCGAACGAAAGUGACCGAAGAAAAGUCACGGGGUAGGAGGUGGAGGAGGAAAAGUGGAGCGAUAGCGAUUAGAGAUUGAACGGGGGGGAGAGAAAGAUAGAGUGAUAGAAGGAGGAAGAGAGGAGGUCGAAGGGGACGGAGGUGUCUUUUUUUUGGAGAAGAGAAACUAGUGUGACAUACACCGACGGAGAGGGAAUUUGGGGGAAAACGGGGAUCGACGGGGGUGGUGAUUACUAGUGCGUGAGUACCAGAAGGUGAAGCGGAGGAGACUGGAAAGGAAAGAGAGAGGAGAGAGAUCGGUCGGUGGUUAGUGCGCGUAGAACUCGACGAAGAAGAAGAAGAAAAAGAAGAAGAAGAAGAGGAGGAGUAGGAAGAAGAAGUAAAAGAAAGCUUCUCGUGCUCGGAGGCUGCAACGAGCCGCCGCGAGGCGUGCAGAAGUUGUAGCGCGCGGCGUGCGCCCCGUGGCAGCACGAAAUUAUGAAGCGCAUAAAGUGUGCCCUGCUGGCCACCGUUUCUGAUAGCCGCCGGUGAAUGUGUGACCCGGGGGCAGCAGAGAUCCGCCGUGAUGACGACCGAAGAGACGACCGAGCAGCCCCCGGUAGACGACUGCCUGAAGGAGCGGAAAUGGUGGUGCUUCCUGCUGUCGAGCAUCUUCACCUUCCUCGCCGGGCUGCUGAUCGUGCUCCUCUGGCGUGCGUUCGCCUUCCUCUGCUGUCGCAAGGAACCCGAAUUCGCUCCAAAUGACCCGAAGCAGAAAGAGCAGAAGACGAGCCGCCAGGGGAAAGAGUUCGAGGGGACGUUUAUGACCGAAGCCAAGGACUGGGCCGGUGAAUUAAUUUCCGGACAGACCACCACUGGACGUAUCUUGGUGGUGCUAGUUUUCAUUCUCAGUAUAGCGUCGCUUAUAAUAUACUUCAUCGAUGCCUCCAGCGAAGAGGUGGAACGUUGCCAAAAGUGGAGCAACAACAUUACUCAGCAGAUAGACUUAGCUUUCAAUAUAUUUUUUAUGGUCUACUUUUUUAUACGCUUUAUCGCCGCCAGUGACAAGCUGUGGUUCAUGCUGGAGAUGUAUUCGUUCGUGGACUACUUUACGAUACCACCGUCCUUCGUGUCGAUAUACCUCGAUCGGACGUGGAUCGGACUGAGGUUCCUUCGAGCCCUACGACUGAUGACGGUCCCUGACAUCCUCCAGUACCUAAACAUUCUAAAGACAUCGAGCUCCAUUCGUCUCGCCCAACUCGUUUCAAUCUUCAUCUCCGUCUGGUUGACAGCUGCUGGCAUCAUUCAUUUGCUUGAAAACUCAGGGGACCCAUUCGAGUUCACGAACCCGCAACAGCUUUCGUACUGGACUUGCGUUUACUUUCUGAUCGUGACGAUGUCCACGGUAGGAUAUGGCGACGUUUACUGCCAGACGGUCCUCGGCCGAACAUUCCUAGUAUUUUUUCUACUCGUCGGUUUGGCAAUUUUUGCUAGUAGCAUACCCGAGAUAAUAGAGCUCGUAGGCAGUAGGUCCAAGUACAGCGGCGAAUACAAGCGGGAACACGGAAAGAGACAUAUUGUCGUGUGUGGCCACAUCACCUACGAAUCAGUCUCCCACUUUCUCAAGGACUUCUUGCACGAGGACCGCGAGGACGUUGACGUGGAGGUUGUCUUCUUGCAUAGGAAACCACCAGAUCUCGAGCUAGAGGGACUGUUCAAGCGGCACUUCACCACCGUGGAGUUCUUUCAGGGGACUAUCAUGAACCCCAUUGAUCUGCAGCGAGUCAAGGUCCACGAGGCGGACGCGUGUCUGGUACUGGCGAACAAGUACUGUCAAGAUCCAGACGCAGAGGACGCGGCGAACAUCAUGCGCGUCAUCUCGAUCAAGAAUUACUCGGAUGACAUACGCGUUAUCAUUCAGUUAAUGCAAUAUCACAACAAGGCCUACUUAUUAAACAUUCCAUCAUGGGACUGGAAACAGGGCGACGACGUAAUCUGCCUGGCCGAAUUGAAGCUGGGUUUCAUCGCGCAGUCUUGCCUGGCGCCGGGUUUCAGCACAAUGAUGGCCAACCUCUUCGCAAUGCGUUCGUUCAAGACGUCGCCGGAUACACAGGCGUGGCAGAAUGAUUACCUGCAGGGCACGGGCUGCGAGAUGUACACGGAAACACUCUCCCCGUCCUUUACCGGGAUGACAUUUCCCCAAGCCAGCGAGUUGUGCUUCACAAAGUUGAAGUUAUUGCUCCUGGCGAUCGAGAUAAAGGGCGAAGGAGGCUGCGACAGUAAGAUCUCGAUCAAUCCACGUGGUGCCAAGAUCGUUGCAAAUACUCAGGGAUUCUUCAUUGCUCAAUCUGCUGACGAAGUGAAGCGGGCGUGGUUCUAUUGCAAAGCAUGCCACGAGGAUAUUAAAGACGAAACUCUGAUCAAGAAAUGCAAGUGCAAAAAUUCCAUGAGGAACCAUCGAAAUUCCGUCGGGAUGACCAUGAUGAAUUCGACGAAGCAGGUAAACAAGGUGAAACCGAACGUGAAUCGAGCGCCGAACGACAACCUGUCAAGUCCAAAUCAACCGUACAAUCAAAGAUCGCAAGAGGAGUCCACAUACCCUGGCUACCAUCUCGCCUACGAAGUCAAAAAACUCAUGCCGACGAGCAGAGCAUCGGGCGGCACGAAUGUGAACAACAACGGCGGCCUUCAGGUCGGAAUCGCCGACGACCAGGCGAAGGAUUUCGACUUCGAGAAGACCGAGAUGAAAUACGACUCGACGGGCAUGUUCCAUUGGAGCCCGUCCCGCAACCUCGAAGACUGUAUACUGGAUCGUAAUCAGGCAGCCAUGACGGUUCUGAACGGGCACGUCGUAGUCUGCCUCUUCGCCGAUCCCGAUUCGCCCCUCAUCGGACUGAGAAACCUUGUCAUGCCAUUACGAGCUUCCAAUUUCCAUUACCACGAGCUUAAACACGUAGUGAUAGUUGGGUCUGUGGACUACAUCCGCCGCGAGUGGAAAAUGUUGCAGAAUCUACCAAAGAUAUCAGUGCUAAACGGUUCACCAUUAAGCAGAGCAGAUUUACGCGCGGUUAACGUCAAUCUGUGCGAUAUGUGUUGCAUCCUGUCGGCUAAAGUGCCUAGCAAUGAUGACCCCACCCUCGCCGACAAGGAGGCUAUCCUCGCGUCCCUUAAUAUCAAGGCUAUGACCUUCGACGAUACGAUUGGAGUGCUCAGCCAAGUUGGCAGCCCGAUCGUUUUACAGCGACGAGGAUCCGUUUACGGAGCAAACGUGCCAAUGAUAACAGAACUCGUAAAUGAUAGCAACGUGCAGUUCCUUGAUCAGGAUGACGACGACGAUCCGGACACGGAACUCUACCUCACCCAGCCCUUCGCCUGCGGUACUGCCUUUGCCGUCAGUGUGUUAGAUUCGUUGAUGUCGACGACAUAUUUUAACCAAAACGCGCUGACAUUGAUCCGGUCGCUAAUUACCGGUGGAGCAACGCCUGAAUUAGAAUUAAUAUUGGCUGAAGGGGCAGGUUUAAGAGGUGGUUACAGCACGGCUGACAGUCUGGCCAACAGAGAUCGAUGUCGAGUUGGCCAGAUCGCGUUAUACGAUGGCCCGUUGGCCCAAUACGGCGAAGGAGGCAAGUACGGUGACCUCUUUGUCGCAGCAUUAAAAUCGUAUGGAAUGCUGUGCAUUGGUCUGUACAGGUACAGGUUUCGGGACACGAGCUCGUCGUGCGACGCCUCGUCCAAACGAUAUGUCAUCACGAAUCCACCGGAUGAUUUUACGUUGUUACCUACAGACCAGGUUUUCGUGCUAAUGCAGUUCGAUCCGGGUCUCGAAUACAAGCCAAGCAGAGGUGCUAGAGGAAAGGACGAUGCCUCCUGACUGUUGCUGUGUAGCGCCCUCACCGACGGACCUUAUUCCUACAUAUAAUCGUACAAAGGAAGCCAUCAUCAUGCCGUCCGUCAUCCCUACGGAUCCAUUUGAAUCUUCGUUGACCGGGUUACAUUUGGUACGACAUCGCAUGUCCUCAACGAAAUUAUCGCGAGACACACACCCCGUCCAUAGAGAGAGCAAGCCAUCAUAAUCAACACGUCCGUUUUUGUCCGCUGGUCACGCUGGUCCCGCCAGCGACGUUCUAUCACGCUACACACCCCGCAGCCGGAUCAGUUUCCCUUCAUAGUGCUCCGACAAGUAUUCUUCGGUUCCCUUGUUCAACCACCAAUUCAUCGCUGCGUGGAUUCAUCUUUUUUUACCACCGUGACCGAUGCAAUUCUUACGUUGAGACGCCGGUCGUAGCAAACAAGGGGACGAAAGACAUCACGUGUGACAAGCGGGGAUGAAUGGAAAACAGAAAUAGAGACAUAGAGAGAAAGAGAGAGAGAGAGUGAGAGAGAGUGAGAGUGAGAGUGAGAG